GCGAGUGAGAAAGAAGUCUUGUUCUUGAGAAACGCGAUCCGGCAUUUUACUUUUCUUCCUGCCUGCUGCGAGUGAGUAUUUUGCUUCGCCCGUCCGUGUGUGAAAGCGUGACAUUUUUUUCCUCGUGAAAAACGCCUAAUUCCGGUGCUUUGUUCCGUGUGUUUCUUCCCGCAGCGUCGGUUCGAUCAAUCGAAGCAACUAUAAAAUGGGUGUCCAGGUCGUUACGCUAGCCGCCGGAGACGAGGCAACCUACCCUAAAACUGGCCAGGUCGCCGUGGUGCACUACACCGGUACGUUGUCCGAUGGAAAAGUGUUCGAUUCGUCCCGCACCCGCGGUAAGCCGUUCCGGUUCACCGUUGGACGCGGAGAGGUCAUCCGCGGAUGGGAUGAGGGUGUCGCCCAGAUGUCCGUUGGACAGCGUGCCAAGUUGGUCUGCUCUCCGGACUACGCCUACGGUAGCCGCGGCCAUCCAGGAGUCAUCCCACCAAAUGCCACCCUCACCUUCGACGUCGAGCUGUUGAGGGUUGAAUAAGCAGCACUCAGGAAGAGGCGAAUAUUUAUUGUCUCAACAGAUAGAGCAAAUACAGCAAUGAAUACAUGAAACCGCCCCUCGGAAACCAGGAACAACCGAUCAAGGAAUGGACAAAACACAUCUAAACCAACACAAACAGGAAAUCAACAAGCAAUCCUAGAAACCCGGGUCUGAUAAGGAAGCAUCGUCAUCAGUCCUUUGAAUGUAGUUACGCGAUAGCCAACCAACCCACAAUCUCUAAAAAUAAUCAACGAUCGAUAAUCAAAUCGUGUUUGAGAAGAAACGUGGUCAUUCGGUUUUGAGUUGUAUACUCUUCCAGGUUUUCAAUCGUAAGUCUUACUAUCUACUAUACUAACAAACGUAAAACAAAUCAGCAAAUGAUGCAUUUAAAUGUAGCAAACUACUUCCAAUUUAGAAUUGCAGGCAGCUGCCUUUCGCAAGAAAGGCAGAAAGUAGUCCAUACCUACCUUCCAUUGUUCAUCUGAAAACUCUUAAAACACUUUUAAACAUUCACAAGUUGGUGGUACAUGUAAUUUCUUGCUCCGGUAGCAAAUUCACAAAAAUUAAGUCUUAUAAGGGAAACUAUUUAAAAAAUAUUAUUCUAAACCCAAAAGUUCGAUUGUGGAACGUUUAAACGAUGAACUAUUAGCAUUUAUCUAACUCGUGUUUUGAUUACAACAACAUGUUUAAAGGUACUGGUAGAAUCCUGAACAACUUUAGCAGCGGCUGUUUUAGAGACACCAUUAGCCAGUUUCUCCAUCCCAAAAUGAAUCCAACAAGAUACAUAACGCUAAGGCUCCACACGUUAAAACAUUCAUAACUCUAAUCUGAUACCAUAAAUAAAUACACACAUUGAGAAGAACAAAAAAAAA